GGCGGCGCCGGGGGCAGCUCCGACUCCCUCCCCCGGGAAGGCGCCCCCUCGCAGCUCCCAGGGCCCCUUCCCCGCGCCCGCCGGGCAGGAUGAAGAAGAACAACUCCAGCAAGCGGGAUGGAAACCAUCAGUCUGCACCGCCCGAGAAGGUCGGCUGGGUCCGGAAAUUCUGCGGGAAAGGGAUUUUCAGGGAGAUUUGGAGAAACCGCUAUGUGGUGCUGAAAGGGGACCAGCUGUACAUCUCCGAGAAGGAGGUAAAAGAUGAGAAAAACAUUCAGGAGGUGUUUGACCUGAGUGACUAUGAGAAGUGUGAAGAGCUCCGGAAAUCCAAGAGCAGGAGCAAGAAAAAUCAUAGCAAGUUCACCCUUGCCCACUCCAAACAGCCCGGUAACACGGCACCCAACCUGAUCUUUCUGGCAGUGAGUCCAGAAGAGAAGGAAUCGUGGAUCAACGCCCUCAACUCCGCUAUCACCCGAGCCAAGAACCGCAUCUUGGAUGAGGUCACCGUUGAGGAGGACAGCUAUCUUGCCCACCCUACCCGAGACCGGGCAAAAAUCCAGCACUCCCGUCGCCCCCCAACUCGGGGACACCUCAUGGCUGUGGCUUCGACUUCUACCUCGGAUGGGAUGCUGACCUUGGACCUGAUCCAGGAGGAAGACCCUUCCCCUGAGGAGCCAACCUCCUGUGCUGAGAGCUUCCGGGUCGACUUGGACAAGUCGAUGGCCCAGCUGGCAGGUUCUCGGCGGAGAGCAGACUCAGACCGGAUCCAGCUCCCCUCAGACCGGGCGAGCAGCCUCCCCCGACCCUGGGAGAAGCCAGACAAGGGGGCCACCUACACUCCUCAGGCACCCAAGAAGUUGACCCCCACAGAGAAAGGCCGCUGCGCCUCCCUGGAGGAGAUCCUGUCUCAGCGGGACACUGCCCCAGCCCGUGCCCUCCAGUUGUGGGCCAGAGAUCCCCCAGCCCCCGUCCUCCCCGCCCCGGGGCGGCUGUCCCGGAUCCAGGACCUGGUCGCAAGGAAGCUGGAGAAGACUCAGGAGCUGCUGGCCGAGGUCCACGGACUGGGAGACGGGAAGCGAAAGGCCAGGGACCCCCCUGGCUCUCCCCCUGACUCUGAGUCAGAGCAGCUGCUGCUGGAGACGGAGCGCCUGCUGGGGGAGGCGUCGUCGACGUGGAGCCAGGCCAAGAGGGUGCUGCAGGAGGUGAGGGAGCUGAGAGACCUGUACAGACAGGUGGACCUGCAGCCCCCAGACCCCCACCUCAGGCAGAGCGCCCAGCACAGCCGCUACCGGCAGAGCCUGAUGUGAGGGAAGAGGGUGGCCCGGACUUGGGGGGCGGACAGACUCUUAGCUCCAGGUGUCGCCAGAUACAGCUUUUUUAUUUACCUCAGUCAAAAA